AAAAGUGUAUUGGUUGAUGCUGGCAGCGUUGGGUCCACAAUAUAGAGACCUCAUGAGCUUUACACGGGCGAGUGUUAUACUUUGAUCGAAAGUGAUUGGACAAAUUGAAAUUGCUCAAGACUGUCACACCUAAACACCACUGAAACACAAGGAGCUAAGGGGCCAUUGUGUUUUGUUUUUCCCUAUGCCUAUGCCAGCCUAUCAAACUUUCCUUUGGUACUGGGCGCUUGCGGGGCAUCUUCACAGUUCAUACAGUACCAACAGAACAUUGAAUGCCUAAUAGAGAUGAGGCCAAAUUUACCAUGCAGUCCUACUGCUGAAGGCAAACUGGAGUGCCGCUGAUCAGGUGUGCGUGUUGAAGAACAUGGCCCUAAAGUCCUCACGAGAAUCCAAGGAACAGCUAGUAAGCUAAGGUGGACCUACAGAGGGCACGUCCUGUGUCCUUGCUGGACAAGUUUUGAGGGACAAGGCCCAAAAAUGCUGCCCGAUAUUGCCCGAUCAAAGUUGCCAUUUGGCCCGAGGGGGCCCGAAUUGAGGCAUGAAGUGCCAAUUGGAACAGACAACGUCUGGCAAAUGUGCAGGAGCGCAAACUUCGCAGUCAUGAAUCUGCAGGAUGGGUCGGCGGAGCAUUGACCAAGUCCUUUCAAUCACCCACGGCAGUUUUUCAAACAAAUUGGCCGCAGUGGUGUGGGCACAGGCGAAAGCAGGCUCUUUGAAAGCAAGCUGUGUUGACGAAUUGAAAGGUACUUGGCGUAAAUUUGAGAGAAAUGACUUGCAAUGCGUUCUUUGGGCGGUGGGUACUUUGAGAAGUGCCCGAGCACCAUUGCUGGAAGCAAUGGCCCUGCAUUUUGUGCGAGAGCAUUGCCGGGGGGCCACGUCCUGCUGGAUUCGGAUGUUUGUUCUGGUCUUUGAGCAUGAGUGGCUGUUUGAAGAGUGAUCUAGCUUCCGAACUCGAGAGACCAGCUUCCCAAUCGCUUCAAUCCUUGGCUGCUAGAGAUUUGGCAGGCAUCGCUUGGUCUUGCGCUUUCGCACGCCACUCGGGCAGCAGCAGUUUUAUGCAGUUGUUGGGCGGGGUGUGUGAGGCAAGAGUCUGCCAGUUGUCGCCGCGAUAUCUAUCAAAUAUCACGUGGGCCUUUGCCAAGGUUGCGGUUAAAUGGCCAAGGGGAAACAGUUUCAGUUUCUGGAGCAUGGUUGCAGCACAAUUGCAAGAGUAUAAACCACCAGAACUGUCAAGCCUCAUCUGGGCCGCUGCCAACACUUCUGCUCAGCCAUUCAGCAGUUUGCAGUGGACUUUGCUGGAAACUCGCAUUUUGAGCCUUGCUAGCCAUCAUGAGUUGGGCCCGCAAGAGCUGUCAAAUGUGCUUUGGUCUUUUGCCCAUUUGCUAUUCCUACGCGGGCCAACCAACACGCUUUUGUUUGAUGUGGCGGUCGCCAAAUUUGGUGAACUGCGAGAACAACAUGUUGCCAACUUGCUGUGGGCCCUUGCCACCAUGCGGCAUUCCCACCAACCAUUUUUGGACUUGGCCAUGACAGCUCUACCACUUCCUUCCAGAUCCUUUAAGCCUUCUGAAGUGAUGAGCAUAGUGUGGUCGCUUGCAAAGCUGCAUUGCGCAAGUGAAAUGUGUGAGGCGGUUUCAUUUUGCAUUUCUGACGACGGCCUGCAUGAGCUGACAAGUCGAAGUUUUUCCAAUCUUCUUUGGGCCGUUGCUCAUAUGCAGAUGACGGACUUGAUUUCUACACCUGAAGUCAUAGUGGCAACUGCUAGCAGAAUCAGUCCUGUGUGCAAGCCACAAGAGGUCGCUAACAUUGCUUGGGCCUUGGUGAAGCUGAACAUAAGUACAAAGCCAACCAUGCAAGUGCUAGAAGCACAAGCUCAGAGAAUGUUCAACGAUUUCAACCCCCAAAAUGUCACAAAUUUUUGCUGGGCUUUGGCCGCGGAGCACUUGUCCAAUCCGGGUGUGUGGGAGCAAGUGCGAGAAUUUGUUUCAAGAAGGAUCUCAGAAUUCAAAGCACAAGAAGCGGCUAAUUUAUGUUGGUCCUUUGCUGUUGUGAAGCGCAAAAUCGAGUGCUUGGUUGUUGUGGAUGCUUAUUGGUUGAGUGCGGAUUUCGGACAUCAUCCCUCAACUAUUCUAUCAUUAACCUGGGCAUUGCACUACCUCCAAGUCACAGACCCACGACUUGACAUGGCAAAGUCCAUCCUACUGAGUCAUGGAAGACACCUGGAUGGAGAGGCUAAGAAGCAAGAUGCCAUCAUAUCUUUGAUCCAUGAUGGUAGUGGUGACCGAACGAGUCUUGAACCACAUGUUUCUUUGGAUCUUUGGGAUCGUGUGGCAGUUUGUAAGCCGGCUGGAUGGGAAGUCGAGGAGAAACGAAAAGAUUACAACGAUGUGGGACACGUUCGGAGCCUCAGUGUUUUCUUGAGAUGUUCAGUAUCAAAGUCGCCGCCCAUUUGGCUGGAUGACGAUUUCCAUUACGGUUUCAUUCAUCGCUUGGAUGUGCCAGGAUCUGGUUUAGUCUUGGCGGCCAAGACAUACCAAGCUUUCUAUGACCUGCAGUUCCAGCUGCAGUCUGGGCAAAUCUGUCGGGAGUAUCUGGCGCUUUGCCACGGUUGGGCGCCCUGGACCCCGGAGACGGAGACGCACUUGGAGUAUUCCAUCAGCUCUCAGCUGGGUGCCCCAAGCUAUGUGGGCAAAGGCAAACCAUCCAGAACAUCUUUGUUCCUACUAGCUCGAUGUAUCAAACCAGACACAGGUGAUGCUUUGAGCUUGAUGCGCGUGCGUAUUUGGACAGGCCGAACACAUCAGAUCAGAGCCCAUUCAGCUCACGUCGGGCACCCCAUUGUUUGCGAUGGCAAGUACUCCAGUGCGGCAACCUUUCAAAGGGAUUGCACGUGGUGUCCUCGAAAUUUCCUCCACCGACAUCGCCUAGUCUUUUUCAAUAGUGCUGGUGAGCCUUUGGAGAUUACAGAGCGCUUGCCACUUGAUUUACGUGAUGCUCUAUCACAAGUGCAAGCCUGUGCAGACGGUUGGUCAAACGAGUCAUUAGAUUCAUUCCUGAGAAAUGGAACGUGAUGAGUUUUGUUGAACACGAAGCCAAAGCUGUUCAAAGCUGGCUGAUGCUUUGCCAGCGGCAUCUUGGCGUCGUGCCACUUUUGACAGCAGUGCUCGACCCAUUGGUUUGGUCAAAUGAGCAAUGCAUGCUGUUGCGGGCAAAGGUUGCCUUGCUAGAACCUCGUACAAGACACGGCAGCGAGCACUUUGUGCUGGCACCCAGCUGGUGUUACACCGUGCAACAUGCGCAGCCCUACAUAGACUACAGGAGGACAACUGGCUCUUCCGCUGAGACUGCAAGCUGCACACAGCUUGGAUUGCUAGGACCAGAUCCUGUCAGGUUCGGAACCGCUGAGGAAGACGAAGGCUAUUUUGCAAAGUUGGGCCAGUUCAAAUAGCUGAAAGGUCGGGUGAAGAAGAGAACUUUGUUGAUAUUUUGACCAAUGUAAUUCGAGAGGAAAAUUCCUUCUAGCCCUCUGGGCAUGGACUCUUUUUUUGGCAGAUGCUGGAUUCCACCGCUUGAAA